UUUCUUUAGAAUUGGUUGUCUCAAAUCAGAACAGGAUCUAGAACCUCUACCCUUUCCCAGAAUAACGCGUUCAGUUGUGUAAAGUAACCUCGCAGUUUUCAUCUGUGCCGGUACCAUGGUACGCCUUGUUGAUCGUCUUUCCCGCGCGGGUUUCUGCGAACAGAUGAUAGAUGCGUUUGUGUUUUCAUUAGCUGCUUACGAAACCUCCGCUGACACCGUGUCGGGGAUUCUUCAGUCGACUGAUGGGCUUCCAGGAGGCGCGUUGGACCUGCUCCAUCUUGACAGCUUCCCGGGAGGCCGCCAUCCCCACGAGCCUGUCAUGGUGGGCCGCAGCACGCACGGACACGUCGUAAUCGCGUGUCGCGGGACCGCCGACGUAUGGGACGUCGUACAGGACCUCAAGUAUUUCCCGCGGAGCGUUCAGGGGGUGGAGUCCGAGGGCACCGCGCACACGGGUUUUGUCGAGCGCGCGGAGAGGGUGCCCCUGCAGCCGUUUCUCGACCUGCUCGCCGCUGGCCACUGUCUCGUCUUCACUGGCCAUUCGCUCGGCGGAGCUGUCGCGUCUCUCCUGGCCCUCCGCUUCGUGGAAGCAGCCGAGCGGCAGGGCCUCUGCGCGCAUGGCGGCCGGGUCCAGUGCAUCACCUUUGGCUCUCCGCUUUUCGCCAGUCCAGACCUUGCUGACGUCAUUAACGAUAAAUACCGCGACAUUUAUUGCCACGUGGUAUCGAAGCAUGAUCUCAUUCCUCGCCUGCUGCCGUUGGUGUCGCUGGUGCAGCGCCUGAAAGGGCGGGGAGCAGGAGCGGAGGCGGUGGAGGCGUUCCGUCUGGUGCGCAUGGCUCUGGGCGUGGUGCAGCACGCCACUCGCCUGCCCGUCGCCACCAUGCUGCACGCCGUGGAGACUCUCAUCCCGCCGCCCGUCCGCCUGCUGCUGGCGGGCGCUGUUCAGCUGCUGUGGCCGUCGCGCACCCCCGACCAGUACGCCUUCGCGGGGAACUUCCUCUUUCUCGACCCCGCCGCCCCUUGCGGCGACACGGCCGUGCAUCUGGUGCAAGCGGAGUGUCUGAGCGAGUGGCCGCGGCAGAUGGGGUUCGCGCUGUCGCUCAACUUCAAUUUCUUCACGCGCCAUCUCAUGGCGUCGUACAAGCAGGGCGUCGCCAAGGGCAUUCGCUCCACCCUUCUCUCGCGCCUCGCCGUCGGUGGCAUAGCCGCAGCAGCCGCAGCCAGAUCGGUUUUGUCGGAGCGGAAGCGGGGAGGAGCGCGUGUAGCCGAGCUGCCGUGGGCGACGGGCGACGAGUGGAGGCGGAGAGAGUGCGAGUGCGUGUGCUGCAGAGCGGCGCCGUACCCCCCUGAGACCCAAGCGGCCAGUGCCGGAUGUCGCGCAGCUCGCGAAAACGACGCCAUGCUGUUCGUACCAUCGAUGGCAUUCCGCCCUACCUCGGGGCACCUUGUACGGUUCGCGGACAGCGGAUGUGCGCACUGCGAUAGAGAAGACACAGGCGCGCAAUCCCCCCCGUGCGCGGUGAGCAGUUGUGCGAGGCCGGGCGCAGUGUUGUGCCCGUGGUGCUCGUGUGGGAGCACUGCCGUGGAUGGCACGCUGCCGUCGUCAGGCGCGGGCAAGCACAGCGGCGCCAUGGUCUCGGCGGCGCAGCAAAGAGGGCAGGUAGUGCGGGCAGUGCGGGCAGCGGGCGGCAAGGUGAAGGGCGGCAGGCAUGGGUGGAGCAUGGGCGUGGUGAUGUCGGCUGUGGUGCGCUUCUCAGAGCGGGUGCAGUCCAUGUCCACGUGGUCGUUCCUCUGGACCACCGUCAAGCUGCUCUUCGGCGCCUCACUCUUCUGACCGCAUGGCGCCAUAGGUCACUAACGUAGGAGGCAGAAUGCCAGAGAAAUGGCCAAGCAUCAUGCAAACCCAUAGGGGCAAUGCGCCAGUUACAUCAUGCUGCUUGUAGGAAACCUCCGACUGAUUGCCCAUAAGUUAAUCUGGCUCUCGUUACUGUAAACCAUGAAGACCAUGUUCCAUGCAUGAAACGGCACGGUGCUCCUGUCCCUGCUGGCCAUGCUCCACUACCUCGCCUCGCCGCUGCUGGACUGGUGAUUCCUCACGCCCUCUCCGUUUCACUCCUUCAAACCGCGUCUCCCCCUCACGCGGUUUCCCCCUCUUCACGCCGUUUCCCCCUCUCUCGCCGUUUCACCCCCACAUUGCUUCAGUCCUCCGUAUAAUAAAGUGUAGCUAGAAAA